AAGUAAGAAUGUCAUUGUUUUAUCUGGGACACAUGACAAUAAAACCCUCCCGACUCUCUUGAACUGGGCCCCAUCGCUGAUCUGUGGCUCCUUCGCGACCUGUGAGAGGCGGAACGAUGUGAGUCGCGUCGCCUUUUUCCGGGACAACCAAAGGGAGGCACGGGGCGUCUCCCAUGGCAACCGCCGCAGCCUCAGCCGCCAGCUUUCAAACGCUGGAGCGUUGGUAACGGUUUCCUUUGGACUUAUCAGUCAGUAUCUGGCUCAAUUUAACAGUAGCCUUAGUUGGCAUGCCCAGUGUGACCCAUUCAUUUGAACGCGUUUGUGAUCUUUACUGUACUGACACAGAAGUUGGAAUCGAGUUCACCUGUAAGGAGGAUGUAGCUGGUGGCUCUUUAUGAAACUGCUAGCCAGAGGGUGGAAUUUGAUCUUUUUUAUUUAAAUAAUUAAGAACUCGGACACAAGCCUGCAGUGAAAUAGCUUUAUAAGUUCAGUCCCAUCAUGGUUCGACUUACAGUGGAUUUAAUUGCAAAAAGUAAUCUGCACGUAAAGAACAGAAGGGAUGAACCUUUGGAACAGUAUUUAAGAAAAUUGACUCACAUAAAUUUUUCAAACAAAAAUAUUGAUGAAAUUGAUGACCUCUCUGCAUGCAAGAACCUAUCUGUCUUAUAUUUAUAUGAUAAUAACAUCACACGGAUUCAUAAUUUAGGCUUUGCCUUUAAUCUCACCCAUCUGUAUCUGCAGAACAAUAACAUCAUGCAUAUCGCAAAUCUCUCUUUGUUACAAAACCUAUCCAAAUUGUAUCUCGGUGGCAAUUGUAUUUCAGUAGUGGAAGAACUCGAGGGAUUAACAGAACUUCGAGAGUUGCACUUAGAGAAUCAGCGUCUUCCACUUGGGGAGAAACUAUUAUUUGAUCCUAGGACUCUCCAGUCUCUAAAGAAAUCAUUGAUUGUUUUAAACAUCAAGAAGAAUAAUAUUGAUGAGAUUAAAGAAUUGGCUUGUCUUGAGAACCUGAACCAAUUCAUGGCAGAAGAGAAUCAGAUCCAUGAUAUAAAGGAACUGGAAUAUGUAUUAAACCAAUGGCCAAGACUCUGGUAUCUGAAUCUGAGUGGAAAUCCUGUAUGCCAAAAAGCCAAAUACAGAGACAAAAUAAUGGUGAUGUCGACAAGUCUCGAGAUCCUUGAUGGAAAAGAAGUAAAUAAUACAGCCAGACAAUUUUUAUUAAACUGGAAAGCUUUCAGAGAAGCCAGGAAAAACAAUGCCAAAGAUAAGAUAGAUGACCAGGAGGUGCAAUGGAAUAUUGAUCAUCCACAAAUAAUUCGGCGCCAUGCCCCCAGAACCUCCCCUGGGAUUCGUAGAUUCAGGAAACCUGUUGAUGUUCUUCUUACAAAAACUCCUAUCCUUGCAAACUCUGCAGGUUAUGGAAAAAGUGUUUUACCGCUGGGACUCGAGUCUAGGUGUAUGGGUGAUAGUAUGGAACAUAUCGGAUCAGACCCACUGGAAUUUUUAUUGCUGCCUUCGCCUAACAUCAUGUCCAAGAAACGAGAUUUAAGAAAAGCCGCCACCGCUCACUCAGUUGAGAAUAUUGCUGAAACUGGUCGCAGCAUUACUGAUGUCGCAAACUGAAAGCUAAGAUCCAAACAAUAGCAUCACUGCUCACAGAUCUUGGAAGCAAUUUAGUUGGUUUAACUUUAAGAUCAAUUGAAUGUCAGGUAUUUUUUUUACUUUUUUAAUUUCAAUUUCAAGACUUUAUGGUCCGGUCAUUGUUUUGUUUUUACAUAUUAAAUGGCAAUUCCAAACGAAUGAACACAGUGGCCACCAAAUGUCUUUGCGUGGAUUAAAAUGUUGAAGAACGGUUCUGGUUCAGAUUCCUGCAUGCGGUUGUAUUAAAAUGAUUUACAUUGCCCCAGCAUAACUUUGGUUAUGGGUUUGAUCGAAUUCAUUGCCUUGUGUUUAGACAAUUGAUUAUAAUAUGUUGACGCAGAAAAUGACGAAUCUUGUUCAUUGAACUUGCCGAUUUGGCGAAUGGCAAAGUUUCAACAGUAUUAGUGUCAAACUUAAGAUUCCCUGCGUUUGCAGUUUCCCCCCAUACUAAUUUCAGAUUCCCAUCAUUGCUGCUGUUACUUGUAUUGUUUGUGUUGUAUUUCGAAAACUGAAUGUUUCAGUGUCAAAAAUAUUGAAGCUUCAGAACAAUAAAUGAAUAACUAGCACAGAAA